AUGACGUCGCUUUUCUUAAAUUUAAUAGUUGGUACAAUAAAUAACCCAAUAGAAUGCCAGACGACUUGCAAGAGGUGUUGCCUGUCAAAUGUCAGUUACCAUUUACGCUGCAUAAAAUCAAAUCACAUAAGUUUUCCCAUCCCUUCGAAAGUAUUGCAUAUACUCAAAUCUCUCGUUUACACACGCAGAGGGGGACACCGUCAAGGAAGAUCAUCAAUGGCUGCAGCCGCGAUCACCCAUUCGUUGCCUGAAGAUAUUGUGGUGGAUAUUCUGGCAAGAUUGCCUGUCAAAUCUCUAAAGCGAUUCAGCCCUCAAUUUAUUACGGCCCACUAUUCUUUUAGUAAAAACAAGACCUGUCUCCUCAUGAAACAAGUGAAUUUUUCACAGAGAAAGGCUAUGGUCUCUUUUAUUUCCAAUCAAACUCUUGAUGUUGUUGCCAAUCUUGAUAUACCAUCCUUUACUGAUGAUCCGAUACAUAUACAUAUCCUAGGUCAUUGCAAUGGCAUAAUUUGUCUUUGUGACUGCUUUAGUGGUAUUCUUUUGUGGAACAUUGCGACUAAGGAAUUUAAAAUUCUCCCUAUGUGUCCUUUUGAGUGUCCGCCAAGCUCUGAAAAUACCAUUGAUGUAGCUGGUCUGGGUUAUGAUUCCAAGAGAGAUGAGUAUAAAGUAAUUAGGAUUGACACAUUUUGGGAGGGUGAUUUCGACAGAGUCCCCCGAGGUAACCGAGUUGCUUUGUACAACUUAACUACUGAUUCUUGGAGAAAGUUCAAUGACAACUUAACUGCUGAAUUCUUCAAUUGUCAUGGGAUCGAUCAAGUCUACUCCAACGGAUUUUAUCACUGUUUGGCAGUUGUUGAUAGUGAAGAAUUGCUCCUCUCAUUUGACAUGAGUAAUGAAGUUUUCGUUACAACACCAUUCCCUGAUGGGAGAUUGGGUAAGAGCUGUAGAACAACACGCUAUCUUACCUAUUUAAUGGAAAUCAACGGAUCACUUGGUGUGUUACUUUGUCAUGAUUAUUAUGUGAGAUAUGGCUGCUAUGAUGUAUGGGUGUUGGGUGAACUUGGUCUAAAGAACUCUUGGACAAAAUUAUUCACCAUUGAAUCUUUUCCUCCUGCCACUAUACCAUUAGGAGUCGGCCGCGAUGGUGAAAUCUUCCUUGUUAACCAAGAAAGCAAAUUUCUGGCGUGGCAUCAUCGAGAUAACAAAGAGAUAAAGACACUCCAAUUUGAAGGAACUGCAUUAGAGCUAGCAUUGUAUGCAGAGAGCCUAGUUUCUUUCAGGGGAGGAACUGCAUUCAACCAUUAAUUUUCAUUUGCUGAUACUUACAAUUUAGUUAUGCUUUUACUCAAUGUUCAACCUUUUACUAUCAAGAUAAACUGUAUUGGU